AUGUACACACAAAUGUUGUUAAAUAAUGUUGGAUGGAAGUGUAAAAAUCAAAAACAAUCGGAAAUUUGUUCAAGUUUAGCCCAACAAUUAAGACUUGCUUUUGAAGGGAAAAAAGAAGAUAUUGAAGGUGUACAUAUUGGGAUUAUACAAUCUUGCAAUGCAAACAAUGUUUGCCAAAGGUUUAAACCCUGCAGAUAUUACCCAACUUUAUCAAGUACUUUCUUUAAAUUAAAAUUCAAAAUUUCAUUUCAGGCAUAUUCAAAUCCAAACCCGCCCCCAGUUGUUUUAAUUAGAGAUCCUUUUUUCACAGAAAUGCUUAUUGAUGGACUUUUCUCUGCUGUUGGAGCUAAAAUACAUUUAGAACACAGACCUAAAUAUAUUUUUUUGUUGUCUUAUUCAAGUUGUGUAAUUGAAACAAUUAAUUCGGAAGGAAUUUUGCCUAAAAGAAAGCAAAAUAAAUUAGAAUUAAAUUCUACUAGAGAGAAAAUGCAACAACUUGUUGAUAUUUUAUAUUCUUAUGAAGUAAAUUUUUAA